AUGGUUCCCUUCCGCAUUGUCUGCAUCGAAUCGCGUCGCCCCUCUCUCACAAAGCUGAACGCUGCAAAUGUCCAGAGGAAGUAUCCAAUUGAGCUCCACAAACUGGUGAAAUCGUUGAUGCUACUUAUUCUACCUGCAUUGCUUAUCAAGACACUGAAGAAUGUCAUUUGGUUUGCCUCUGCUGAAUCAGCAUCUCCAUUUGGUUCCAGCAACGGCGACGCAAUAACAAACGCAGGCCUGGCCACAGCAUGGAUUGUUCUGCUGGAGUUCUCUUGGGCCUAUCAGGCGCUUGUGUAUUUGUUUGUUUGUGUUCUCUUUCGUCUUAUGUGCUCAAUGCAAGCCAUCAGAAUUCAGGCAUACAUUGAACGUCUUGAAGUCGAAGUUGAUGUGGCUGCGAUGUUGAGCCACCACAUGCAGCUGAGAGACCACAUGGCGACAAUCAGCCACCAGUUUGCACUUAUGUACAGCUCGCGGGUGUGCUUCUCUGUCUGCAUGCCUGGCCGAUCUGCAUAUCCCAAUGUACAAGCUGCAUUGGCUUCCACGGCAGUGGAUGGAUGCCUGCUUUUUGGGAACAACGAACCUCGAAUGCCUGCAGGAAACACUUUCGUGGGUAGUGAUGGUGAAGGCCUGACAUUCAAAACGGCAUUGAAUGGAGGAAGUGAUGGCUUGACCCGUGCGCAACAUGCCGAAGCUGAAGGGGAGGGGAAGAAAUCAUGUGUGGGCGAAGGUCUGAUCAAGAUGCUUCACCGAGUUGGAUCGGGUGUGGCAACUCUGGUAGAUAUCACAGAGAUUGGUAAAGAGCCCAAAAACUAUGAAAGUGACGCCUUCCACAAGCGGGUUGCAUUCGUAACAUAUCUUCAGCAUUGCCCAUGCGGCAUCACGCUGUAUGGCUUUUCGAUGGAUCGGUCCUUCUUGUACGCUAUCUUUGGGCUUGUUUUCUCUAUGGCAACAUUCAUCAUAGGCCGAGCAGCAUCUGCAAAUCUACCCAAGGAGAGUUCUGCUAGCCUCUGGAUUGGUGUAUAG